AUGCCAGUGAUUGAUCUAACGUCUGAUAAGAAUCCUUUCACAUUAGACACUGCUCUCCUCAACUCUCCUCCUCGCCAUUCCGAAAUCACUCACUCACAACCUAUCGAUGAUGGACAGUCGAAAUUAGGUAUAGAUACUGGAAUGAACGCGGGUGAUAAUUAUCCUACACCUACUUCUCCUUUACGUCAACCAAAUCACAAUUCUCACCAUCACCAUCACCAUCACGAAAAUAAUCAUGGAGAUGGACAUGCUCACACCCAUCAUCAUCACCACGAACUUGGACAUGAACAUGAACAUCCACAUGCUGGACCUUCACAUGGACAUAGGGCGAUACCUCCUCCACCGAAUCCUAGAAGACACAGAUCAGGGAUCCUGAUGUCAAGGGUCAGAGCCGCAUCGAGUGGAUCAGCAAUCAAAUUCGGAUCAAAUACAAGUGGAAGUAAAAGUCACGGAGAUCUAGCAUCCUUCGGUGGAUUUACAAGUCUUAAUGAUGAAAAGGAUACCGAAGACGAUGAUUACGAUUGUAUAAACAAUGAAGAAAUAGAUGAUGAACCGCAAGAUGAAAGAAGACGGUACAGGACUUUUAGUAGAGAUGGAUGGAAAAGACAUGUCAGCGACGGUCAACAAUCACAUAGAAAGGCUAGCGUGGAUGAAGGUGGUGAAGAUACUGUCUGGGAUAAUUCCGCACGAUACUAUCACCAUCUUCACUCUCGCCCACCUUCUAGAUCUGGAUCAGCAGCUACAUCACCUGAACAUUCCCCAACACUUCACGCUAGAGCUGUCUCUUCCCCUCAGACUUCUCCCAUCUUUGUACGGCGAAAUCUGACUUUACCUACGAAUGGCCCAGGACCUCCUGCUCCAGGUGCUGGCAUGUCGAAUUCCCUCUCACCGAAUCAACAUUUCUUGCAAACACACCUUCCUCCAACUUUUCAACACAGCGGAUCAAGUCCCGAAAGUUCCAUCAUAGAACACCACCAUCAUGCUUCUGCUAUGGUUUUCACCCCUACUACUCAAGAAUGGAGGGAAUUGCAGACCACACCUGAAUGGCAGGAAAUACAUACACUUGGCACCAAAACCUCAGAGAUGGAACCUUCCUUUAGUGGAUCAAGUUCUGAAGAUGAAGGGAAAGGAUCAAUGGAUAGCGGAAGUGCGAGUGGCAGUGGAAGAACUCGAUCUGCAUCGUCAAGUAUGCUUUUUCGACCUGACAGUCACAAUUCGCCUCAAAAGCAGUCCAAUCGACGUCCAGGUUUACAUACUGCUAUAUCUGUGGAUUAUCUCGGAUCGGAGAAACAGCAUACACCUGAUCCCGGUUCCCCUAUCCUGAGCCCAGCGGAUGAAGACGAGGGUACUGGAUCGCCUGGUCGAGCUGGUAUACCUAUCUUCAACCCUAUCAUCAUCGCUCCAAGCCCUAUUAUGCCCGUAUCUGAGAAGGUAGACAUAGCUCUGGAAUCGCCAACUAAGCAAAGUACACAAUCUGCUCCGGUUACACCCUUGAUCGCAAAUCCGAAAGAUCACGGAAAUGUUUUUGACAACCACGCAAUCGAUGAUGAGGAUAUCAUUUUGGCCAACCCUGAUUCAGAUAGCCCAGCCCGAUUCGCUUCAAUCGGCAGACGGGAUAGUUUGCGUGCUAUCAAAAAGCCUGGUGACCCUCCACCUUUACCUCGAACCAAGACCAAGCGAGAAUUGGAGAGGGAAAAGCUGCUCUCGAUGGUCGAUGAAGAGCUCGAAGCCGACAAGCAAUCGCCGACGCUCGAUGAAAAUAAUAGAUGGGGAGGCGGUGUCCACGAGAUUGGCUCAGGACUCGGUUUGGGAUCAACACCACCUGUAUCUUACUCAGAAGUCAGGAUAGAUCCAGAUGUGACCACUCGAUCUAAUUCGGCCGAUCCAAUUUUAAACGGUAAAGCAGAACCCGUCAACCCAUUCGAAAGUACUUUUGCCCAAAUGAAAAGUGUUUCGUUGCCUGGGAAACCCAAAGGCCCGCUAAACGUCCCAUCUUCAACAUUCAAACCGUCACCAUUACAAGCUUCACCCGUCAAUGCUCCCCUUGGACUUGAGUCACCAUCAUCAGCGAACACCUCACCCGCAGAAACACCCAAUAACGUGUCUACUACACCCACUGCCAUGCCUGGCCCUUCAACUUUAGCUUCUAUAAGGGAUUACGCAAGAAUCAUAUCACGCUCAAGGCACCCAUCUGUAGAGAAACAUAUCAACAAAGACGCUUCUCCACCUAUAUCACCUAGAUCCCCUCGAAGAAGAGAUACAAAUCGAGUAUCCCUUGUAGCUGGAAGAGUCGUCCAACCAUUCGCCAUACCGCCUUCAACUUCCCUUCCGCCUACAGGUACCCAUAUGGACAAGCAACCAUCCUUACAAUCUUUCUCACCUUUCAGAUCACCAGCUUUAUCUCCUUCAAACAAGUCGCCAAGCUCAUCUAGUAUCCCACAAUUCCCUCGUUUAGACUCGACCAUCUCCAUCGCUCCCUCCAUCUUUGCGCCCAGUGGGAACACCACUCCCACAGACGAGACUGCUGGAGGAAUCGGAGGAAGAGGAAUAGAAGAUUACGUUAUUCUCAAAGAAGCCGGUAAAGGUGCUUAUGGAUUGGUCAUGAGAGCUAAAGUUAAAGGACCGAAAGGGGAACCUGUAGGGGACGAGGUCAUCAUCAAAUACAUUAUUAAAGCAAGAAUCUUGGCGGACUGCUGGAAAAAGCAUAAAGUGCUUGGACCCAUCCCAGUAGAAAUCCACGUAAUGGAUCAACUCCGACACCUGCUCUACAACAAACCCAAUCAACCCCUCCCUUGGGACCCAUCUCGAGCUCGUUCAGAGUUCUCCCCUGCCCUUCCUACAGCAGAUAGCCCUUCAAGUCAAGGUAGUUCAACUUUCAAGACUCCCGAGACCAACUGGGACAAUGCUCAUUCAGAUAAAAUCGUUGAUCCGUUUGUUUCUACUCAAAAUUACAUUGCAGCGGAAAUCAAAACCAGUCCGGAAAGAGGCCAUCCCAAUAUCGGAAAAUUGUUGGAUUUCUUUGAGGACAGGGAGUUUUACUAUCUGGUAAUGCCUCGAUUCGGAACUGGGUUAGAUCUGUUUGAUCGAGUCGAAUCAUCUCCCACUGGGUUGGAACCAUUUGAAAUACGAUCAUUACUUGGACAGUUAUCUGACGCGGUCAAAUUCUUGCACGCAAAUGGAAUUGUUCAUCGAGAUAUCAAAGAUGAAAAUGUGAUUUUAGAUGGUAAAGGAAGAUGUCAACUGAUUGAUUUCGGUUCCGCGGCACAUUGGAGACCUGGUAAAAGAUGGGAUACAUUUUCUGGAACGUUACAUUAUGCUUCACCUGAGAUACUUCGAGGAGAAAUGUAUGGCGGGAAAGAACAAGAUGUAUGGGCAUUAGGAGUAGUUGGUUACGUUCUAUUAGUUGGUGAAACACCUUUCUCAGAUCUACCAGACGAAGUCCUAGAAGGUCUUUCGGAAGAAUCAAGAGCUUCAGAAGUGUUAGAAGAAAGGUGUGGAAACGGUCAUCAAAAUGAAGGUACAGAAGAUGAUCAAGGAGGUAAACUUUCUGAGGCAUCUGAUUGGGUAAGAAGAUGCUUGGAAUUGGAUACCAACGAAAGACCCUCAGCGGAAAUACUAUGCGAACAUCGAUACCUUAAAGGAAAAGGUGGUUGGAUAGGUAAGAAAGGUUGGUUGAACGCGGGUGUGGCGAAGUAA